AUUCAAACAACGUGUAAUUGUUUUAAUGUGUCCAGGUUUAAUUGAAAGGUACUUUUCCCUGUCUUAGCUCUUUACACAGUGGGUAGUUUCCCCAGUCAGGACUAAGAAGAGAACAAGGAUUAUCUAAUUAUCCUGUUCGCCUUAGUUCACAUCCAUUUAUUCUUUAUUCUUUGCCCACUCUUGCAACCCCAGUUGGCAUUGCUGAUUCCAACUUCCAAUAGGAAGAUACAUAUUUUUUUCUUUAGUCUCAGAUCUGUAUAUUUGGUUUAUUAUGGCACCUCCAAGGAAAUUUAGCAAGAAGAGGAGAAGAGACGUUGGUAUUCCUGCAGAAGCCUCUGUAAAUGGGAAUGAAUCAGACUGGUGGCACGACCUCUCCCACAAGCUCUCUACUUCGGAUAACGAAGAAGAGAAAUUCAAGUCAUUUUUCAGGGUCUCUAGGAAAACAUUUGAUUAUAUCUGCUCUCUGGUGAGGUUCGACUUGGAAGCAAGGUCAUCAUCAUCUGGUAUACUUGAUACGGAAGGCAGAGUGGUAACAAUUGAAAGACAAGUAGCUAUUGCUUUGAGAAGGUUGGCUUCAGGAGAGUCACAGCUCAGCGUAGGGGAGUCAUUGGAUGUGGGUCAGUCAACAGUUUCUCAAGUGACAUGGAAAUUUGUAGAGGUUAUCGAAGAGCGAGGCAUCCAUCACUUGAAAUGGCCUCAUGCAAAUGAAAUGGAGGAAAUUAAGGCUAAACUUGAAAAGAUUCAAGGGUUGUCCAACUGUUGUGGAGCUAUUGAUACUACCCACAUUGUCAUGAGUUUGCCAUCAGGAGAAGCUUCGAGUGUUUGGCAUGACUCCGAGGAAAACUACAGCAUGAUUAUGCAGGCAAUUGUGGACCACGAAAUGAGGUUUCGAGAUAUUCUAACUGGAUGGCCUGGUAGCCUCAAUGAUUAUGGAAUCCUGAAAAGUUCGGGAUUUUUUAAGCUAUGUAAGAAUGGACAGAGACUGAAUGGUCCUGUGAAGAAGUUGCAAGAUGGCUCUCAAAUAAGAGAAUAUAUACUGGGAGAUGAAGGUUACCCAUUAUUACCGUGGCUUGUCACUCCUUACCAAGGCAAAGAUCUUUCUCCUGUGAAAAUGGGUUUCAAUGAAAAGCAUAAAAACACGAGAUUGGUUGCAGAACAAGCAAUAGCACGGUUCAAAGGGACAUGGAAAAUCAUUGAUGGGGUGAUGUGGCGACCAGACAAACAUAAAUUGCCUCGCAUAAUCCUUGUCUGCUGCAUUUUGCAUAACAUUAUGAUCGAUCAAGGUGAUGAGUUGCACGCAGAUGUUCCCUUAUCUCAUCAUCACGACAAAGGCUACAAUCAACAACUCUGUCAAUUCGCAGAUAGAAAUGCUCAAAUACUAAGAGAUAAUCUAUCUAAGAGCUUAUCGUGAGGAAUACAUACAUGAGUUACAUAGUCCACAGCUUUGAUUUCUUUAAAUUAUUUGAAAAUCUAUGUGAUCAUAUCCUCCUGGUUUAUCGAUUGUGUUUCGACCCCUUUUCAAAAUGCGUCUUAAUCUAUUGCGGCAGGAUGUUGAAGAAGAUUUUAAAUAUUUUGAGUUGAGAUUCAAGAUAAUAAGAUCUAUAUAUCAUGUAAUAUCAUCAGUAUUCUCUCAUUAGUAAAAGCUAAAAAGUAAAGGAAGUGACUGCAAUCAAAAGAAAGCCAAUGAACACAGCCUAGACUUGUAUAUCCACUGUUUAAUUUAUGUUUUUAUGAACCUGGUUUUAGUU